CUGUGUCAUGACCUUUGUUACUGUCUGUCAACAAAAAUAGCUACAUCUAUCGUUUUCUCCGGUGAAUGUUUACGUUCAAACUGGCUGUGUGUUGAUUUAGAGAUACGUAUUAGCCCUGUUAACUAACGGACAUGGUCUGAAAAUGUUGCAGGAACAUCUCUUUUCGUACCAACAAGUUAGCUAGCUAACGUUAGUUGUUAGCUCUUCGCAACAACUAGUUUCAGCUAGAUUUGGCUAUCUAGGUACAGUAGCAAGUUAACAAGACGAGCCGAGGCUAAAGCUAUAUUUAUUUUUGGUCAGGUGUCGAGCCUUCCCGUCUGUUUCACUGUGCAUGAUAUGGCCUUCAAUUCCUUGACCAUGGAUGAGGCAUCCCCUGCAUCUCUGACGGAUCUGUGUCUGUCCUAUGUCAGUAGGAACCUGGAGAGGUUCUGUGUGAAGCAUGCUGAUGGAUCUCUCUGUCUCAGAGACUCUCUGCUGUUUCCCCAGGAGCUAGCUGACCAGCUGCUGGCUAAGAUGGCCACUGACGGUCUGUUGAAUGACAGUACAGUAGGAGUGUUUCGUAGCAGUGAGUACCUUCGGCUGCGUCGUGCGUGUAUUCGUACGGCCCGUAUCUCUGCCGAGGCGUUCCAGAGAGCUCUCUGUCCUCACCGCCUGCUGGAGCUGGACGCUGCUAGGGUCAACGCUGACCUCACAAUCUCUGACAUACUACAUGGCCUUGCCUCCAACAAACACUGCCGGGUAAGCACACUAAUAAGAGAGCCUCCAGCAGUUAGACACCCACAAACACUAACCUUCUCUCACUCUCCCCCUUCUCCCUCUCCCCCCCAGGAGAGCUUGCAGCGGUUGGUCCUUACAGGUCUGACCAUGUCCUCUCUGGAGGAACCGUCAUGUCACUGUUUCAGCUCUCUCCAGGGGCUGCGGUCCCUCUCCCUGGCCAAUGUGGACUUCUACGACUCUGGGCUGGCUGAUGUGUGUUCCCUGUCCCGCCUGGAGAGCCUGGACCUGUCCAACACCUCCGUGACCAACCUCAACCCUCUACUGGGACUCAGAGAGAGGCUGAGGUCACUAACACUACACCAGCUGAAGAGGCUGGAGAUGAGCACUGCCCAGCUACUAGCUGUCAUUGGACAACUGGAGGCACUGCAGCACUUGGACAUCAGUGAUGAUAAACAGUUCACAUCAGAUGUGGCUCGUCAGCUGCUGGGUGAGCCUGGGAUCCUGCCUGCUCUGGUCUCGCUGGAUGUGUCUGGACGCAAACAGGUGACGGAUGCGGCGGUCAAGGCAUUUGUAGAGGAGCGUCCAGGGAUGACCUUUGUUGGUCUGCUGGCUACAGACGCUGGCUUCUCUAACUUCCUCAAUGGAAAGGGCAGCCUCAAGGUGACAGGAGAGGCCAAUGAGACUCAGAUCUGUGAGGCGCUGCGUCGCUACAGUGAGAGGGAGGGCUUUGUCAGAGAGGCUCUGUUUCAUCUCUUCAGUCUCACACACGUCAUGGAGAAACCACGCCCUGACAUACUCAAGUUGGUAGUUUUGGGGAUGAAGAACCACCCUGCCACCCUGAACGUCCAGUUGGCAGCCAGUGCAUGUGUGUUUAACCUGACCAAGCAGGACCUGGCAGCGGGCAUACCUGUUAGACUGCUGGGCACAGUCACUCAACUACUGCUGGAGGCCAUGUGCACCUUCCCUAACCACCAACAGUUGCAGAAGAAUUGCCUGCUCUCUCUGUGCAGUGAUCGCAUACUGCAGGAGGUUCCCUUCAACAGGUUUGAAGCAGCUAAGCUGGUGAUGCAGUGGUUAUGUAACCAUGAGGACCAGAACAUGCAGAGGAUGGCUGUGGCUAUCAUCUCUAUACUGGCUGCCAAGUUGUCUACAGAGCAGACGGCACAGCUGGGAGCAGAGCUCUUCAUAGUGAAGCAGCUUCUCCACAUUGUGCAUCAGAAGGCUACCCAGGGCGUGGUGGACGCCACCCUCAAGUUCACACUGAGCGCGCUCUGGAACCUCACUGACGAAUCACCAACCACCUGCCGCCAUUUUAUAGAGAACCAGGGACUGGACCUGUUCAUCAAAGUACUGGAGUCAUUCCCCUCUGAGUCUUCCAUCCAACAGAAGGUGUUGGGGCUGCUGAAUAACAUAGCGGAGGUUGGGGAGCUGCAUGUGGAGCUGAUGGUUCAGGGCUUCCUGGAUCACAUCUGCUCCCUGCUCCACAGCCCUGAGGUGGAGGUGUCCUACUUCGCUGCUGGGAUACUGGCCCACCUCACCUCCAGAGGAGAGGCUGCUUGGACACUCAGUAUCACACUGAGGUCUGACCUGCUAGAACAACUGCACUCUACCAUCCUGAAGUGGCCGACACCAGCGUGUGAGAUGGUGGCCUACAGGUCCUUUAACCCUUUCUUCCCCCUGUUGGAGUGUUUCCACACCCCAGGAGUUCAGCUGUGGGCGGCCUGGGCCAUGCAGCAUGUCUGCAGCAAGAACGCCCCUCGGUACUGCAGUAUGCUGCUGGACGAGGGAGGUCUGCAUCAGUUGGAGAAGGUCCAGACACACCCUGACACCCACGCAGACGUCAUGCGAUUGGCCGAGAGCAUUCUGGAGAGCCUGCAGCGCCACCAAGCUCGCACCAGGCAGACCACACAGACACACACACACACCCGCUGCCCGCUACAACCCCACACACACAAAGAGGGUGACAAGCCCUGAUCAGAACCUAUCCCACUGCUACCUUCAGGACAAGAGGCCAUUGAAAGUGUGUGCGUGAGUGCGUUCAUUAGACAGGGGUGAGGACGGACACCUUGUCACCCCCCAUCCUGUCUGAAGGUGGUGCUAUAAAGUGAAUGAGAGGACAGAAACUAUGCAUUUCUUUGCACACACACCUUGCUAUGUUUUCUAGAGUUUGGUAAGCAAAAGUAGUACUAUGUGGCUACUUAUGCGUGCUACUGAUAAGCAAAUUAAUAUUAUGGAAAACAAAAUGCUAAGAAAAUAGUUGUUGGUUAAAAACACUAAGGUCGAUGUCUAUGCCCCCACGUAAAUCUAUUUAUAAUGAAAUAAUCACCAUAGAAAUCUGUUCAUUUAAACUAGAGACGUUUUUUUGCAUUUGAUGCAUCUCAAUCCACCACAUCCACCUACAGUACCAGUCAAAAGUUUGGACACACCUACUCAUUCAAGGGUUUUUAUUUAUUUUUACUAUUUUCUACAUUGUAGAAUGAUA